AUGGAAACAUCCCUGAUGGUCCAGGUUUGUGGUGGGAGAGAUUGCAACGCUCUGCUUCCUGGAAAUCUGUGUUCACAGCCAACACAGGUGCUGCCCUUGGAAGUGGAUGGGGAUGAUGGCCCCUGUGGGGCGGGUGGCCCGGAACACAGCGGCUCUUCCCAGUCCCAUCAGCAGCAGCAGAGAGCCCCCUGUCACCUGAGGGCCUCAGGGAGAGGCAGGAGAGCCAGGCUUCUCACCUGCCUUCUGCCUUCCAGCUUCCUGGAGAUGAUGGAGGCUCACAGUCGUGGCCAGGCGUCCCCACUGGCGGCCAAGGGGCAGAGUCCAUCCUCAGGCUCCCAGUCACCAGUGGUGCCUCCAGGCACCGUGUCCACGGGGAGCUCCAGCCCCGGCACACCCCAGCCUGCCCCACAGCUGCCCCUCAAUGCCGCCCCACCAUCCUCUGUGCCCCUACCACCCUCAGAGGCCCUGCCCCUACCUGUGUGCCCCUCAGCCCCCGCCCCACGGCAUAGCAUCAUCUCUAGGCUGUUUGGGACGUCACCUGCCGCCGAGGCAGCCCAUCCACCUCCAGAGCCAGUCCCGGCCGCAGAGGCCCCAGCAACAGUCCAGAGUGUGGAGGACUUUGUUCCCGAUGACCGCCUGGACCGCAGCUUCCUAGAAGACACGACCCCCGCCAGGGACGAGAAGAAGGUGGGGGCCAAGGCUGCCCAGCAGGACAGUGACAGUGAUGGGGAGGCCCUGGGCGGCAACCCGAUGGUGGCAGGGUUCCAGGACGACGUGGACCUCGAAGACCAGCCACGUGGGAGUCCCCCGCCACCCGCGGGCUCCGUCCCCAGUCAAGACAUCACUCUUUCAAGUGAGGAGGAAGCAGAAGUGGCGGAUCCCCCAAAAGGCCCUGCCCCAGCUCCCCAGCAGUGCUCAGAGCCAGAGACCAAGUGGUCCUCCAUACCAGCUUCGAAGCCACAGAGGGGGACAGCUCCCAUGAGGGCCGCAGCACCCCCCUGGCCAGGUGGUGCCUCUGUUCGCACAGGUCUGGAGAAGUGCAGCAGCACCAGGCCCCCUGCUGAGAUUGAGCCAGGGAAGGGUGAGCAGGCCUCCUCGUCCGAGAGUGACCCCGAGGGGCCCAUCGCUGCACAAAUGCUGUCCUUCGUCAUGGAUGACCCCGACUUUGAGAGCGAGGCAUCAGACACACAGUGCAGGGCAAGGCAAACGCCUCCCCAGGCAGUGACAGGCACGUCCCCCACCCCAGGGCCACUUCUGCCUGCCUUUGCCGCUGCUUGGCGGCUGCCGUGUGCACUUCUGAGCUGGAAGAGGCCAGGCAUUGGUGGUCCCCGGGCUGGGCCCUGCAGGUGCUGGGCCUCCAGGCCUGGCAUGAGCCUGCUCUGCAAGAAGGGAGGGGACAGCUGGCUUCAGCCAGGCUCGGUGGACACCCUGGCCCUCUCGGGGCAAAGCCGCCAGUCCCCAGUGUUUCUCAGGGAUGUGACUGAGGCCCAGGAGGGACCCAUGAGGGUCUGUUUACAGAGGCUGGGCAGGGGCCUCUUGGCUGUGGGGUGCACACUGCCCCGGCACCUGCUUGCCCUCCACGCUCACCCAGGGCCGCAGCAUGCCUAUGGCUCUGCUUCCAGCCAGGAGCCCUGA